GGCUACUUUUCAAGUAUGUUCAGUGGGUCAUGGAAGGAGUCCAACAUGAGCUAUAUCGAACUGGAGAUCCCUGACCAGAACAUUGACACGGAGGCACUGCAAGUGGCAUUUGGCUCGCUCUACCGAGACGAUGUCUUAAUUCAUCCCAGUCGCGUGGUGACCGUUCUGGCAGCAGCCUGCAUGCUUCAGCUGGACGCCCUGAUUCAGCAGUGCGGGGAGACCAUGAAAGAAACAAUCACUUCCAAAUCAGUCUGCGGUUUCUAUACAGCGGCUGGAACUUACGGCCUGGACUCUGUGAAGCAGAAAUGCUUCGAGUGGCUCCUAAACAACCUGAUGACACAUCAAAGUGUGGACCUGCUGAAGGAUCUCAGCAUAGGUUUGAUGGAGAAACUGAUCAGUUCCCCAGACUUGUUUGUGAUGCAGGUAGAGAUGGACGUGUACACUGCACUGAAAAAGUGGAUGUUCCUUCAGCUCGUGCCCUCCUGGAAUGGCCCUUUGAAACAGUUGCUGUCUGACACAGACAGCUGGCUGUCCAAACGUCAGAAAGAGAGCUGCAAUUACAGUAGCUUCCUGGACUCUGAACAAGGACAGAGGUUUGCUGGUGUCUUCAGUCAUGUUCGCCUUCAGUAUGUCAUCAAUGACCUGAUAUCUGCAAAAAUUAUUGAACGAGAUAUGAUUAUCCCUUCAAGCUGGCUCUCGACAGUAUACAGGCAACAGUGGUUUGCUAUGCUCAGGACUGAACAGGACAACGACCUGGGUCCAAAGGAAAUCAACAAGGACCAGUUUGAAGUCUGCAGCAUGCGGUGUGGAAGAAAACUGGCGAAAGAUGGUGAUUACUGCUGGCGAUGGACCGGUUUCAGCUUUGGCUUUGACCUGCUGGUGACGUACACAAAUCGAUUCAUCAUUUUCAAGAGGAACAGCCUGAGCCAGCCGUGCAAUGGGACGGUGAGCCUCCUCCCUCGCAGGAAUAUCGCCUUUCGGUUAAGACUGGCAUCUUUUGACAGCAGUGGGAAAGUGAUCUGUAGCCGGUCAAUGGGUUACCAGGUCCUAUCACUGGAAAAAGACCAGGAACAGAUGGUGUUGAACCUGGACAGCAGGCUCCUGAUGUUCCCGCUCUACAUCUGCUGCAAUUUCCUUUAUACAUCAACAGAGCCAAAACCUGACGUUGACGAGCAGCCAGAACCCAGUGAGGACUGAGAGAGGGAGCUCCCGCUUCGGAAUCUCUCUGUGUGAGUGUGUCUCCAGGAACGCCGGAACGGAACUGACUGGGAACAGCUCCCCUUUCGUUCACGCUGGUCAGAAGGGGAGAGACACAAGGAUCAGCUGGGGCUUCCCCUUUGCUGUCUAUGCAGCAUUUCUUUACGAUGCAGUAUGUAUUCCAGAUGUCUGAUGUAUAGUGAUCAGGCUCAACGGAGAAGGGCAUGAAAGCUGGAAGAACCCUCCAAGCCAAGCUGCCCUUGCCUUGCCGUCUCCAAGCUGCCAACCACACACUCAAUUAAACAGCAAUAACAUUUGUCUUCGAUGUGCUCUGUGCCUUGUGUGUGCACCCUUUCUUUAUCAGCUGGCACAGCAACUUGGAGCUAUCAUUCCCUCCCUGUUUGACAAAUGCCACUUACUUCAGGGACUUGUGUACGGGGUCCCCUCUGCUUCUUGGCCCCGAUUUAACCAAAGGGAGUUCAGGGACCAUGGUGUGAACAUUUGCCAGAUCACAAGGCCAGGAAAGUGAAGCUGACCUCUGCAGACCCUGCCGGUCACCCCAGCAGCAGCGGAGACACAGCAGGGGAUGCUGUGUCAGACGCUCAGUUUUGUCCAUCUCCACCCCCACCGACCCAGGAGCGUGGCAGUGACCCAGGGACCUAAUCUACAUGGCUCGGGCGGUAUCGGUCUGGCCAAAGCAGAGCUGGGCUCACCUUGCACAUCCUUCCACAUCGAAGUCAGGAGCAGAGAAGCUGCAUGAGAUGCUGCCUUCCCUCAAUGCCCUGCAGAAUGCAAGUUCCACUGAAUCAUUAGGACAUUGUUUAAAACAGCACAGCAUUCCUCUGAGGGGGGGGGGCGGGGGGUGUACACCACCCUAUAGAUCAGCAAUACAAGUCUUGUUUUUACAUUGAGAAAGCUAUCUAUCCAUCAUAGCAUUGCCCAGUCCUCCUCAGUGAUAAGUAAGAAUCUCACUUUGUUCAUCUCGCUGUGUUAACAGCUGUGUCACGUUCGAAUAUGUUCUUCCUGAUGCAAUGCAGGCACAGUGUGGAGGAAGUGAAGGGGAUGCCUGAUUGUGUACCUUGAUGCUGCUUACUUUACUUUGAAGUAUUGAAUAAUUCCAAGGUGGGUGGGUGUGUGUGUGUGUGUGUGUGUGUGUGUGUGUGUGUGUGUGUGUCAGUGUGUCAGAUGCGUUGUUUUCUGUAAUUAUUAAACA